CCCCAGGAGGAACUCCAGGGAGCACUCCAGGGCAGACUCCAGGGAGGCCCGUCGGGCUUGAGCCCGGCGCCACAGGUGGACGGCGAGGACGCCGACGAUGGCCUGAGUCUCCACCCGCGUCGUAGGAUCGCGACAUGGCGCUGCUGACGCUGUGCGUGCUGGCCCUGGGGCUGGCCUCCGCGCUGGCCGACGUCAUCGUGAAGGAGGUGGCGGCCGGCGCCAUGGCCAUCCUGGAGUGCCACUCCAACGACGACCACCACCGCUUCGCGUACUGGCAGCUGCACGACGACAAGGUGGUGGGCCCCGGCAACGCCUACGACGACUACAAGUACAAGUACGAGGUGCUGACGGGGCGCCUCUACAUCAAGGGUGUGUCCACGUCGGAGGCCGGCUUCUACAAGUGCGUGUCGCGGGCGCUGGCCGCCGCCGAUCCCGCCAACAUCAAGAUCGACAACGUGGAGCUGAUCGUCAAGAAGGACUGGGAGGAGGUCUACGAGGACGACCCUGAGAACAACACCUUCCGGGCCGUGACCGCCCUGACCGUGGUGCUCGUCCUGCUGCUGGUGCUGCUCUUCUUCCUCCGCAUGCGCCGCAGCCGGCCGCUGCGCUUCCGAGACCUGAUCGACGAGGAGUCCCAGGACGAGGCUCCGGCCGCGGCGGCGGCACAGGGCCAGGCCCGCGCCGACGUCUACCGCCCCACUACACUGCCGUCCUCCAGCCAGGGUCUCGGCGUCAAGGACAACCUGGCCGUGGCCGUGGACACCGACUUCCCCACUGUCUUUGAGAGCAGCCACGACGGCCGCCUGUGAAACUGUCAACGCGAUCCUGGUUCCACCUGGUUCGACCGCGCCGUGAAGAGCGGGUCAUGUCUGUGAAGUUAAGUUCAAGUGCCAAAAUGGGGUCGGGACUCAACCUGGAGGAACCCCACUUGACGCAACAUUCACUAACGUGUUUCAGCCAUCGACGAGGCUGAUGUACAGUGUAAAAUAAGUCGUUGCUCUUUUUUAGAUUAGGUAUGAAUGACGAAAGUUUGUAGUCACCCUCGCCAAUGUGCGUAGGAUGGGUGGCCUAGCCCUAGACACAGCAAGACCCAUCGUCCCAACAUUCCACCGAGUGUCGCUUCAACGCCCAGAGCCACUCGAAGCCCGAUCGGACUUCUUGCAAAAAGGACUCCCUCCCACAGUGGACUUGCCAGAAGACCGGUGGAGGCGGCCGGAAUCCCGGACGCGUUUUGAGCUCCCCAGAAUCGCUUAACAGGACUCGAACCGAACGUGUGACCC